AUGGCUGAUCCUCGAUCAGAACAGGCCUUAAAUCUACAAAUUCAUCUGACAGCCAUUACUAAUCCCUAUGAGGCCAUUGAGGAGGACUCCUAUGCGUGGGUUAUAGAAGGAAAGAGCUGCGAGGGCUACUCGUCCUCAAAAACAUGGUCUGUCCUAAGACCAAGAGCAGAAGAGGUUUCAUGGCAUAGAUCUGUUUGGUUUAAAGGAGCUAUUCCAAGAAAUGCUUUUAAUAUGUGGAUCGCAAACCUGGACAGGCUCCCAACAAAGACAAGGCUCGCUAAUUGGGGGGUUAACAUCAACCCAAUCUGCGAUCUCUGCAAUACCAAUCAGGAAUCGAGGGAUCACCUCUUCUUGACGUGUGAUUAUGCUUUGUAUAUUUGGAAUGCAGUAAGCAGGAGGCUGAGCCUUCCCGGUUUGCGAUUUCAGAACUGGAUGGAGUUGAUAGCUUGGACAAAAACAAAGAACAUCAGAUCGCCUACAACGUUGAGAAAGUUAGUAGCCGAAGCUGUCAUUUAUGCCCUAUGGAAACAAAGAAACAAUGUGGUGCAUAAUCAGGUUCACAUCCCUCCAUCGGUGCUGUUCAAAGACAUCGACAGGGAACUAAAAAAUUCCAUCACAGCAAGGAGUAUCAAGAAGAGUUUUAAGUCCCUAAUGGCUAGGUGGCUGAGAAGAAAUUGUUUCUUUUGUGAUCCUUCUUGA